AUGACCCAAGAAAAAGGCAUUUCGAGCCAUAUGCUUGCGGCAUACUCCUAUGACCCUGUCGCUCUGUUGAAAGAAGACAACCCUAAAUUCGUCGGCGCUACCCGCCGCUCUGUCCUCCUUCAAAUUCUUACACAUAUCAUUGCACUCGGAAUGACGGCUGCUGUUAUACAGCUCAGUCUCCGUCAAUGCUAUUUUGGAGAUGUAGACGACACGAAAUUUGGAGUGAUGAGUACCAACGAAGCUCUCAACGCCAUGCAAUUCGCCGCAAAGCUCCAUGAGCUUUUCAUGGUUGCGUCUCUCACGGCUAUUGUUUUCCAUUUCUCCAGAAGCUUGCUUCUGGGAUCGCGUGGCCUGCCUUUGGGCCUUGUGACCGCUCCGUUUAGGAUCAGCGCACCCGAUUAUCUGAUCAGCUCCGAGUUCUGGGGCAGUUUCUCGCGACCGCGCCUAAUUCUUAUGCUCGGUCUCUUCCUCACAACCCUCUUGAUCACAACCCUCAGUCCUGUGUCAGCCAUCAUGCUGGUUCCCAGUCUGGAUUGGUGGCACAUCGCGGAGCCAUACUCUGAAGACAGGACGGGAAAGGGCAUUCCGAUAAUCGUGAGGGCGAGCCGAAAAGACAUUUGGCCAAUGACCGUGGUUCCCAAGUAUGUUUCCGAUUGCUACCAGUUGGCAAAUGCAAGUAAUAUUUGUCCCGGACAGGGGCUGGAUGACAUUAAGGCGUGGGUCAGCGCCUACGAGAGCUCCGGCCUGCAACCUAAUAUCACCAUGACUGAGAUAUCUAGUGGAGCCCGGAGGCGGCUACAGUCAUAUGCAGACGGUGAAGUCGACAUCCCGGAGGUCUGGGACAUUACGGACAUUCCGGUUUUUGCCGAUAAUCAUGACCAAUUCACCAGAAAACAAAAUGAGACCCUAGAGAAGUAUGCGUUGAGUAUAGGUGUCGAGGUGCUUACAACGACAACCACACACUGGAUGGUGGCAAUCCUUGGCUUGGUCUGGAACUGGGCCAAAGACGUCAAUCUGGGGCCUAUAAACCGAGCGGCCAGGCCAAGGCUUCAGAUUGACAAGAGCAUUCCUGUUUGGGACCCAUUGCCGAAAUCAAUCACAGCCGCUGACCGCGCCCUUCAGCCACAACCGUUUUGGUGA